CAUUAUCAUCUCCCCACUCUCAUCCACACACUCUCACAAAAGAUUGCACUGAUCAGCUUCUGUUCUGCACUCUCUCUCUUACUCUCCUCCGCUCAUGGCUCUAACCAUAGCCAACAGUGGAGCUACUGGUGGAGCUAGGCUCCUGUACAGCAGCUCAACCAGACACCCCUACACCAGUCUCUCCUCUCAACGCCACUUCCUCUUCCCUCUCUCCCCCAGAAGGACCCUCCACGUGGUGUCAGCCAAGAGGUUCACGUCCAGAACUGGGAGGUCCGACGGCAAGAACAAGAGAGGCACCACAACCACCAGAGACCAAGAACAAGACCCACUGCGCCUAGAACGGACGGCUGAGAUUGAAAACGUUGGUGGUGGUUUUGCUGUUGACAAUGUUGAUGAUGGGUAUUUCUUGCCUAAGCUUCCGGGUGACGAACCUGACUUCUGGGAAGGUGAAAAAUGGGACUUUCUUGGCUUCUUUGUCGAGUAUUUGUGGGCUUUUGGUUUUGGCUUUGCGCUUAUUGCUUGUUUCGUUGCUGCUACUUCUUACAAUGAAGGAGCAACUGAUUUCAAGGAGACUCCUGUGUACAAAGAUUCAUUCCAGUCUCGGGAGUUUUUGGAAGAACCGGAGGCAACUAACCCAGAUGUCUUCGAAUCCAACCCAACUGAAGUGGCUCCUAGUUUGGAAUAGUCCGUCUCUGUCAUGAAAAAGACAUUUACAUCUGAUACAUGAUACACUCCUAGGCAAAGAAACUCUCUGUCAAACUUAAUAUCUCAAUUUGUAAGGUGACGUUCCAUAUGUAAAACUUCUUUUUUGAAUUGCAUUUCCCCCCACUAUAUUAUGUGGUGUUGAUACAGAAA